UGUCAACAUUGCAACAUGGCAGGAAGUCGGUCUUGAGAGAAGUUGUCAAAGAAGUUGCCAGUAUUUUGUCUCUGGACAGAGAAUGGUUGCUGGAGGAAGUUCUGACGUCGUAGGAUGUGGAUGCUCCUAUGGAGCCAAAGUUUGACCUCAACCUCCAGCAGGUGACCUUUGAUGAGGGUGACCUUUCACUUUCCAAUGAACUUGACUCCUUUAGCAACAUUGUACACUAUGACUCGCACUUCUCCGUAGGUGGAACCGCUUGUAUCAGUACAUCUGCAAGAGGCUACACACAAUCAAACACCAAUAAAGGAGACAGACAAGACAAUUUUGGGAGUGUUUCCCGUGCUGUUGCCCAGCCAAGUCGAGUGAAGAGCUCCCAGGUAUACUGUGAGUCUGUGUGUUCCUCACAUGUCAACCAAGAUGUGCAUGUGCUUAUCAACCCAGAUGACAGCUACAUCACUCGUAGAAGUUUCUCUAAAGUGAUACCAACAGAUAUACGAACGUUAUUCCAGGUUUCUGCGAACACCACAUCUAUACGAAAGAAAAAGAUCACCAAGCUAAGGAAGCCAUUCAUCAUGACUGACCCUGCCGCCGUAGUUACCGACCCCACCCUCCCGAUUGGGGACAGUACGCAGGCAUUUGAGAGUGUGGCUGAAGCCUUACACCUGCAGUGGUCAGUCAUAGGUGACAAGAAAUUGACUCCUGCUUCGCCUGAAGUUGUUGCACAGAUUGUUGCUGAGGCUGAGAAAAAAUUGAAAGCACAAAGUCAGGGAAACGAAGAUGAAGCUGCCGCUGUUUUUCAGGCGAGCAUGUCAGUCUCCAGGCCUGUUACCACACCAGCAGCCUCAUUGAGCUAUCAGAGUAAUAUUUCUGCCAACUGUACCCAAUCUCCACAGAGUGCCAUGGCUACAAACAUUCCAAACGACUCUCUCGUGUCACAGUAUACAAGUCCAAAAGAAGUAACGUCCACAGGAGAGACAACUCCAAACUCACUGAUGGCUGGUUCAACACCUUCCCAAACCUCACCUGUGGGUGAUGGCAUUUGUAAAGAAGAAACCUUAUCAGUGGGAAAAACUCCAACAAGACUGGAUGUUUCCUCGUCUCAUUCAAUGGAACUUAUACAGAUACCCGCUGGCAGCAUUACCACUGUGACAGAGAAGAUGUCAUGGUUUGGUGGAGGUGGUCUUGCCCCUCUAUCUGCCCCUAUCAAGGAGAAGCCUUUUCCCGGGGGGAGGGAUAUUUACCCCUCAGGGGGAGAAGACAGUGAGAGCGAGGUUGGCUCAGGGGUAGGGGACAGUGUGUCAAGUGCUACCAGUGAACUUGAUAAUGUAAUUCAAAAUGACAUGGACAGUUUUCUGAAAUCUCUUCCACCUUUAAAGCAGGUAGAUUUGAGUAUGUUUGCAUCAAAAUCUCAUGUAGUACGUAGCUACUCUCCCCCUGUGAAAGAGACCUCUUUCCGUCCUCUUCAAUCAACCACUGCUGCUAGUUUGACUUUUUUGACCUCUGAAACUGAUGGGUCUAGUUUAUCACAUCACCAACUAAGUUCUAAUGAAGUACACCCUACAUCUCCCUUUAGUGAUUCUGGGUUAGAAACCACACCUAUAGAAUUUCAACCCUCAAAGUUGUUAUCUAGUACACCAAGUAAACCUAGCCUUGUCAUACCUCAGACUGGACCUUUGUUUAAACAACUACACAAAAUGCUACCAAAACGACCUAAAGCAACCACUGAAAUUAAGUCUGAUGACCAACAGCUUGAUCUUGUACUUAGAGAAAAGGCCAAACUCGAAGGUCAGUUGGAGAUGUUGUCAGAGGAAGCCAAUCUGACUCGUCAGGAGCGGGCAGAGCUACAAGCAAAACUUACCUCACUGAAACUGCAACUGGAGUCAAAUUGUCAGUCAGCCAGUGAUGCACAGUGUAAAGCUCUUAGAACAGAGAUUGAAAAAAUACAGCGAUCAAAGCAUCUUUUAGAACAGUCCUUAGGUUCUGCUCAUAAAUUUCUCGAAGAGAAAAACUCAGAGUUUGUUAUUCAACAAGAGGAACUCCGAUUGUCACAGGAGAUUAAUGACAAACUCCAGAUCAGGAUGAAAGAGGUUCGGGAUGACCUACGUGCAAAAGAAAUGACAAUUCAGGCUCUUAAAAAUAAAAUCGCUGAACUGUAUGUUGAGGUGCAAACAGCGCUACAAGCUAAAAUGGAGUCUGAAAAUGAUUCCAGGACUUCACGAAAUGAUCUUGUGGCCUUAAUUAAUACCAAAGACUGGUACCAGCAACAGUUGAAGGCUGCACAGGUUGCUAGAACCACGUUACAACAUGAGCUGACCACACUUCAAGCACAGGUUACCUCACAGAGCAGCAUCAUUGAACGACUCCGCACAGAAAACACCAAGCUCCGUCAGCAGACCAAAGAUAUACAACAGAAAGCCUUGAAGGAUAAAGAAAUGCUGGCGAAGCAUCUGGAACACAUCGAGUCGGAUAUGAUGCAUAGAGAAGCUGCCUUCCAGGAAAUCCAACGUGAGCGAGUUCUAAUGGAGGAUACAUUUGAUACCAAGCUGCAGUCGGUGGAGCAGGAACGUUCACGAGCGCAAACACUGAUGAAUAUGACUUCUGAAUUGGAAAAAUAUCUUGACAAGGCCCAGUGUGACCUAAAGAAAAAGCAAUCACAAAUUCUCACCUUGGAAAGUGAGCAAAUAGAUCUGAUGAAAAAAUUAGCUCUGUCACAGGAAUGUGUAAUUGAACGGGACCUUGCUGUUGAGGAAAUGCAACAGAAGCUGAUAGAAGUGGAAAGCAGUUUGAAGGGUUUCAAGUUGAGUCUUAGCGAGAGGGAAUCAGAAAUCUGGAAACUAAAGGAGGAGAAGGCUGCAGUGGAAAUUUCUCUCCAGGCAGCCCGUGAGGAGAAGCAAUCUGUGGACAAUGCCCUUACUUGCUUGAAAGACAAUAUGGGAAAGGUGGAAAAGAAUUUCCGUCACAUGAAGCAAGAAUUAGGAAAUAGAACCUCAGAGUACAAUGAACAGGAAAAAGAGGCAACUGCACUUCAAGAGGAAUUAAACAUUAUUAGGGAGAAUUUAGAGAAAGAACAGAAAAGCAAUCAUGCUGUGGAUAGAGAGAAAAAAGAACAUCAGCAGGUUGUGGACGAGAUGAGAACGCAUAAAGUCCAUCUUGAAGAAGAGGUAAAGUUCCUUCAUACAGAGUUGGAGGCUCUGAAAGGUAGUGGAGUAGAAAAGGAGAAGAUGGUGGAAUGUUUGGAAGCAGAGUUAUUCAGGUCUAAGCAAAAACUUUCUCAGAUUGAACAGAAGCUCAGAGAAGACAAACCAUCUCCUGCUUUGGAGGAACUUCAGAAUGAAAAUGCUGAUUUAAAAAGCAUGCUGAAGAAGUCAGAUAAACAGCACCAAAAAGAUUUAACAAAGCAAAAGGCUAAAGUUGCCAAGCUCAAUGUAGAUCUGAAGUCUCUUCAAAGUGAGCUUGCACAGAGACAAAGUGUUUUUGAGUCGAACAUUGAAUUGUUAACUGGUAAGUUACGGGAGAUGUCUAUGGAGAAGGAACAGAUGGAGACAGAGUUGUCGAUGGCACACCGGAAGUACGAUCUGAGCAUGCUGCAACAACAGGAUCAGCUGAAGACCGAAUUACAGUGCAUAGCAGCAGAACUGCAGAAUACAAAACUCCAGAAACAAGCCUUAGAGAAUGAUUUAGCAGAACUUCAGAGGGUAAAGGAAUCGGAAGUUCAAGAGUACAGUCAGCAGUUGUCUGCACUAGAAGCAGAAAUCACUUAUGUUCAGGAGUUUCAAGUGGAUAGGGAGUGUCUGGAGCGAAACAACCAAAAUAUGUCUCUCGACUUGGAGAAGGAGAAAGGCCGAGUAGCAGGUUUGAUGCUGACCAACACUGCAUUAAAGGAGCACAUCUCGCAGCUUGAAGAUGCUCUGGCUGGGCGCGAGUCUGCACUCAUUGACCUUCAGGCCCUGACCCGUGGGGAAGUUAAAGACCGAGAGAUACGGGCAGCAGAACAUGGCCGCUUGGUCCAGGAAUUAGAAAAAAAACUAAUGCAAGAGAAGGAAUCACAAAGAGAGCUCAGGAAACAGAUUGGCACCAAAAUUUCAGAAAAUAAGAAACUGAAGCGCCACCUGGACUCCGUGAAGGUAGACAGAGAUAGUAUACUACAGGACUUUGACCACAGGUCGAAUGAGUUAAAAAAUCUUUGCAGUGAGCUGGACAACAGCAAGCAGCUACAAGAUGUUCAGAAUAGUCAGAUAGGUACACUGACUGCAGAGAACAAAUCACUUGCCCAUCAGCUGGAAAGGGUGAAGCAGGAACUGACUGACAACCUCACACGUGAACCCAUCAUACAGGAACAGAUGAGUAGUCUACAGUGGCAGUUAGAACAGAAGUGUCAUGAGGUGGAGGCUCUCAUGGGUCAAAGGUCAUUUUCUGAACGGAGACAGAGCAUGGAGAUAGACGACCUACAAAAAACUGUACAGAAUCAGCAAGCUGAGUUGGAGAAUCUAAGAGAGGAGUUAGCUGUUGUGAGACAGGAGAGGUCGGUGUCACAGACUGAGAUGUCACAACUACGAGCCACGCUGAAGGCCUCCAUACAGCAUCACAAGCUGACACAGAAGUUGAAUGAAAAUACAGCAGAAGAUUAUGGAGGAGGUUUGCGUGACACAGGCACACAGGUAGAAAGUCAGGAUCUUCCCUUGAUACCACCCCUGCCCUUUGACCUUGACAUCGUAGAAAAGUUGCUACAGGAUUCCACAGUUAAGGCUCUGGAAAGCAAGCCACUUGACAAUCUUCAGACGUGUCUGAGUUCCCUGAGGUCCGAGAUCACAGGUCUCCAGAAACAGAUGGAUGACCACAUUAACACUAUAGAAACAUCUACUCAGUCCUGGAGUUCAGUGGAGGACCAAGUAAAGGAGUUGCAAAGGAUAGUGAAGACCAUCAACGACACGAACAUGAUGACCAAUAGUCAAGGGAUGAACUCCCUGGCUGGGGCUGGAGUCAUUGAAAUCUAAACAGUCUUGUCAUGGAAAUAAUAUCUAAAGGGCAGCAGCUUUCUUACCCAAAACUCAGAGAAAAAGAGGAAGCAAAAUAAUGGUACUUGCAUCUAAGAAGAUUUGCAUGUUCCUUUGAUAUCGGAUAAUGAAAAUCCAUCAUCACAAAAUCAAAUGCAUCACGGAAUGUCAUUGUACAUGUAGUAUUUCAUGUGCUGAUUUCUAUGAAAAGCGGGGGAUAUUAAUUUGGGCCCAUCCGUCUCUCCGUCUGUCACGGUUCAGUUUCUGUGAAUAACUACGCUAAUGAUGGUCUGAUUUCAACAUCAUUUGGUGUGCACAUACAUAUGAACAUUUUGAAGACUGAGUAAGCUCAUCAAUGUGAUCCUUGCAUAUUUAUGAAUAAUUAUGCACUCUGAUUGGCUUCAUUUUUUCCAUGCAAUAAGUGCGCUUAUAAUGGUCCUAUUCAAACAAAAUGUGGUGUGUACAUACAUAUUAAGAUGUUUAAGACUUCUUUCACUCGUCAAUAUGAUCCGUGCAUAUUUAUGAUAAUUAAUUACACUUAUACUUUCUAAUUGGGGAAAUGGUUUCUGUGCAAUAACUAUGCCUAAUGACGGCCCUAUUUCAACAAAUUUUGGUGUGCACAUACAUAUUAACAUGUUUCAGGCUCCAUUCGCUCGACAAUGUUAUUCCCAGAGUAGCAAAGCUCAGGAUAUCAAUAAGUCAAAUCUGUAUAUAAAUUCUCCAAUGAAAAGUUUCCAUAGUGGCAUGAGUGACCAAUGAAAUUUGGCUUAUACAUAAACCCCCUAGAACUAUUCUAGGCUGUUACAUUUCAUACCAUAGCUAGUCCUGACUUACUAGCCAUUUUGAAACAAACUGUGGCCCAAAGGGCCAUGUGAGCUUAUGCCCAUCGUCCGUCGUUUGUCCAUCAACUUUUUCUUUUGAACAACUUCUUCU